CCAUUGGCUUAUUCAGCCCCUUAGCCUGCCUCUCAUUGGCUCCUUUAUCAAGCUGCUCCUGCCACAAUAACUUCCUGGUUGUACUUUCCCAGCCAUGCGUCAAAGGAGAGAGCGAAAAUGUUGGUUUGCUAUGUAGCUUUACUUACAUUGGCACAACACACCGGGAGAGAAACCCACGCCAGUGCCCUAUGGUAGACACGUAGUGUCAGCACAGCCCACUCAGGGAAGGUUCUUUUUCUAUUUGCUUUGAUUUGGUGGUCUACUGAAGGAAACAUGUCAUCUCCUGCUUACUUUAUUGCCAUUGAUGAUUUUCCAGUACUCCCUAAAUUACCUGACAGAGUGUAUGAGAAAGUGGAAAAAGGAAGCAUACUUAUCAAAGCUGACACCCCACCAUCUGCCCUUGUAAGAGUAGACCCAUCGCUUUCCCCACCUCCACUUUGGGUAAAAGUGCAGGAAACCCAGAGGAUAGUGAGUGUUGACAUACAGUUAGUAGCGGAACUGCGAUUCAAAGUUGCGAUGGUGCUACUGGCUGUGACUGACACAGAAGAGCGUUAUGCAUUUUACAAAGACAGGCGUAGAUUGCAGGAAGUGAUAGAACUGAAGGAGGGAGACCCUGUUAGGGUGCAGGUAACCUCAUCCAGCGGACGCAGGGAGAGAGGCGUGCUUCGUUACAAAGGACCUGUUUGUCAAAAGCAAGGAAUUCUAUUUGGGGUUCAACUUGUGGGCUCUGCUGUUGGAAAAGGUUUUACAGAUGGCUCGUUUCAUGGUCAAAAAUUUUUCCACUGUGAGGAAAAUUGUGGUGUCUUUGUACCGGGAAGCCGCCUGGAUUGGGAUUAUAAUGAAACCCAGACACGCAGAGGAGGUAAACUUGAGGAGACUUCAUCAGCGAGGAGGGAGGAACCCAUGAAACGGUCAAGGAAUAUUCUGGAGAAGAGCCAAAGAACAGUGAACUUCCUUUCACGAGGCGUCAGGCAGCAAAGUCCUCAGCGAGCUGCAGAGAAAGGAAGUGUAGACCAUCUGCCAGCAACAGAAGAGAGAAAUAUCAAAACACGGGUGCCAGAAGAACAUUCACCAGCUGAUGGAGAGGCACCACAACCUCUGACUACUUCCUUGGAGGGACAUCAGAUUCAUUCCAAUUUCCAUGUUGCAACUGAAGAUAGUCUUCAGCUCCCUAGUCUUUACUGUCCACCAAAAAAUGGAAUUCCAUCUAGCCCCCUGUCUGAAACAGAGCGUAAAAAAGUGGAAUUAGAGCUCAAUUCAAUGGUUGAAGUCGAUGAACCCCCAAUCUAUGGGGUGAUCCGUUGGAUUGGACAGAUUCCAGAUUCUUCUGAACCUAUAGCAGGUCUUGAAAUGGAGUUAGAAAUGCCAUCUGCUGGAACAGAUGGAAUAUACAGGGGAAAUCGGUAUUUUAAUUGUGGGCCUAAUAAAGCACUCUUUGUCAAAUUGAGAAACUGUCGGCCAGACUCCCGAUUCUAUUCUAUCUAUGGAUCAACAAAUCAGAUUCAGAGAUGCAAUUCAAUUGCAUUCAAAGACUAUACUAGCGAAUGCAUUGAAGAGAACACACCUCCUGUGACAGGUACAGAAGCUAUUGAACGUUUGAUAGGAUGGAAAAAAGGCAUUCAGGGCCACUGUAACUCUUGCUACUUGGAUGCAACACUUUUCUGCAUGUUCGCCUGCUCGUCUGUGUUGGACACAAUGCUCUUACGUCCUCCAGACAAGAAUGACGGUGAUUCCUACACUGAGACUCGGGAUUUACUGCGCAUUGAAAUAGUGAAUCCUCUGCGAAAAAAUGGCUAUGUAUGUGCCACAAAAGUAAUGGCCUUAAGAAAGAUUUUAGAAGCAGCAGGAAAGAGUACAGGAUUUACCAGUGAAGAGAAAGAUCCAGAGGAAUUUUUAAACCAGUUGUUCCAGGUUCUUAAAGUAGAGCCUCUAUUUUAUAUCAGGACAUGCAAGAAGAAGCCCCAAGGAUGCAUUUUCUACCAAAUCUUCAUGGAGAAAAGGCAAUCGGUGAAUAUACCCAGUGUUCAGCAGCUCUUGGAGUGGUCCAUGGUCACUAGUGAUCUUAAGUUCACAGAAGCUCCUUCCUGCCUCAUAAUCCAAAUGCCCAGGAAUGGAAAGAAUUUUAAAAUGUUCCCUACCAUUAUACCUACCCUGGAAUUGGACAUAACAGACCUUCUGGAGGACACACCAAGGCAAUGCUCUAUCUGUCAGUCACUGGCAGUGGUGGAAUGUCAGGAAUGUUAUGAAGAUACUGGCAUUAGCCCUGGACAUAUCAAACAGUACUGUGAACUCUGCAGCAAACAGGUUCACCUUCACCGACGACGCAUUGGCCACCGCCCACGUGGGUUAAGUGUGCCUAGAGAUCUAAGUGAGCAGGCGGUACUUCAUCGACAGUGUAUGCAACUGUAUGCAGUUCUUUGCAUAGAAACUAGCCACUAUGUGGCUUUUAUUCGGCAUAGUUUCCAUCACUCUACACAGUGGGCAUUCUUUGACAGCAUGGCUGACAGAGAGGGUGGAGAGAAUGGAUUUAACAUACCACGGGUUACUCCCUGUCCAGAGCUGACUGAGUAUCUAAAAAUGACUCCUGAGGAGCUUCAGCAGGAAGACCCAAAGACUAUGCCAACAUAUGCCCGUCGGCUGUUAUGUGAUGCUUACAUGUGUCUGUAUUACAGCCCAGAUCUCAGCCUUUACAAAUAGAAAGCAGUAGGCAAAAAUCUGCCUAAUUGCUUCAUAUCCAUUUUUUUGGUGUUUCAAAACUUGUGAUCUCCUCAGUUCCUUUUGCACACCUGCACAUAAACCACAAAAAAGUUCCAUUCUGUCUGAUGCAUGUUUUUUUGUCAGGUGACUGCAUCAGUCUCUAUUCCUCCUGUUUUAAUUAUGUCUUGAAAUUGAAAGAUAAAUAAUUCCAGUGCCUUUUUUCAGUUCUAUGUAGUGCCUAGUAUCAUUUGUAAACUUUAGUGCCUUAUCAUGCCUUCAAUUGAGUUGGACAUCCAAGUGACAAUACAGAGGUCUGGAUGCUCAGUUGCUAUUGUUUUCUAGAUUCAAACUACUGUAACAAGUUACAAACAGUAAAAUGCAAAUUUUGGAUGUUUGUCUACGACUAUGUCUUUAGUUUAUGGCACAUACAUUGUUCAUUCAGAACAAAACACUGUACAGCAUUGUAAUAAAAAUAUUUAUAUUUUUGGAAA